GACCUCUUGCGCAAUUCUGGGCAUUUCUGGCUUGCCACAGAGAACUGGGCGGGGAUGUAUGGGGAGAGUGAAUGAGAAAGGGGUGCUGCUACUGAGUUGGUCUCUCCCCCCCAAGUUGCUGCCACAGAACCACUCCGGACUGCCUUCUAAUAACACGUCUCCCUGCUCGGAGAGUGCAGACUUCCAGUACAUCCUGUUUCCUGUGGUGUACAGUUUGGUCUUCCUCCUUGGCCUGGGGGGGAAUCUCUUUGUGUUGGGUUACUUCCUCCGGACCAAAUCAGCCAUUGCCCCGGCCAAUGUCUUCCUGGUGAACCUGGCCAUUCUUGACUUGCUCUUUGUGCUGACCUUGCCCUUCCGCAUCACUUACCACGCCCACCAUAAUGACUGGACCUUUGGCGAAGCCUUCUGCAAAAUCACCGGCUGCCUCUUCUUCGCCAACCUCUAUGGCAGCUCCCUCUUCCUGGCCUGCAUCUGCCUCGAGCGCUAUGUAGCUGUCGUCCAUCCGCUGAAGCACCUCCAGUUUCGGCAGCUGCGUUACCGCCUGGUGGCUGCUCUGGGCGUGUGGCUGGUCCUCAUCACGGCCAUCCUGUUCCUGGCCCUCCGUGGGUCCCUGACCAGCCCCUUCGCCGAUGGCCGCACCGCCUGCCUUGAAAACUUCUCCUCCAGUUCCUGGAAGGGGCGCAUCUCGGGCAUCAGUAUCUUUGCUGCCGUGAUUGGCUUCUUGCUGCCUCUUCUUUUGAUCGGUGUCUGCUACCCGCUGAUUGCCUGGCGCCUCCUGGCUUCCCCUGGAUUGCAGGCAAGCUCCCGAGCAGCGAGACGCAAAGCCCUGCGGACGGUGCUGGUGGUCCUUGGGGUUUUCCUGGUCUGCUUUGCACCGUAUCACAUUGUGCAGCUGGUGCACACGUUGGGCCGGGUGGGUGUCCUGGGUGACUGCACCCUCGUCCGCGCCACCUACGUGGCUCGUCGCAUCACUAUGGCGCUGACCAGCCUCAAUGCCUGCCUGGACCCACUGGUUUAUUAUUUUGCUGCCGAGCGAUUUGCUCGGCAACCAGGCUGGUGGAAGUGUGGCUGUUGUCAGCCAGAGAGCCCCCAACGGCCUCUGGGGCUCCCCAGGUUGAUUGCCAGCAAGUCUUCUUCUUCUGGAGAAGCCACAAGGGCUGGCACAGAGCAGUGAGCAGAGAAAAUCUGUCCCUCGACUUGACAGCCUUGUCUGUUCACACCGCGUGAGAGGAACGGAGACACAUCACAGUUACACAGGUCUCAAAUUAGUGCUUGUACCAGGAACGGACUGGAAAUGAGCGAGCAAAGGACACUCAAGAUGGUGCUUAUGUGCUGCCUUCACCUAAUUCCAGGAAGGGUCCUUCGAACACGAUCUGCCUAAGGACGCGAUGGGUCUCCAUCUCUUUCCCGCUCCCUUCAUUGUGAGGCUCUUCUCAUGGGGGUUGCUCUGCUGUGUCUGCUGGGAAUGAUUAGGGUAGGGAUAGAUACUGUUAAAAUCAUUUUUUCUUAUUCAAACCCCUUUUAAGUAGAGGAGGGUAGAUGAGGCUUUUAAUUUUGGAGCUGUUUAGAGGCCUCACCUUGCAGGCCCCAACCCCAGACUCUCGUUUGAUGGGAGGAAAAAGACGGUCCUUGGAUGAAGCAGAAUCACUGAACCCCAACCCCUGCUUUUACUCUUUUUGGCUGCCUUCUAAAAAUAAAUAUUUUACUUUUUUGAGAAAAUGUUUGUAAGGGCAAAAAAAUCAGAAGGAAUAUUAUGAGCUGCAAUUUGCUAAUUAACCUGGAAAAUGUUACAUAUAAUAUAGCUACAAUUUAUGUGGUGACAAUCAAAAUUUUCAAACCAAUAACGUAGCAUGCUAAGAUUUGGGCAAAAACGCUGAAAAAAGGGGUUAAGGGUGAAGGCUAGAGUUACGGUUAGGUGUUAGUGCUAUGGUUUGG